AUAGGUGAGUGAUGCGUUAUGAGAGACAAGACACUAGCACACCGAUUGAACUAGCCACCAACGUUGCAGAAGAGAAAUGCAAGAAGAAAGUUCAUGUGAAGCAUCUGUUUUACAAGGUCCCACUAACAACACAGCCACUUAGAUCUAUUGAGUGUACCAGCAUAAGGGAUGAGGAGUGCAAACACAUUUUGAAAGAUGUCAGCCUGACUGUGAAAUGUGGACAAAUGCUUGCUAUUCUCGGUGGAUCAGGCAGUGGUAAAACAACACUAUUAGAUGUUAUUGCCAAUCGACAUGAAGGCGGCUUUGUUGAAGGAGAGGUUCUGAUAAACAACAAGAUGAGGAAUAAAGAAAUGAUGAAGGAUAUAUCAGCUUAUGUUCGUCAAGAUGACUACCUUCUGCCUAAUCUAACUGUCCGUGAGACCUUACUCUUCGUUGCUGAGCUCAAGCUACCAUCAUCCUACUCCAGACAAAAGAAACUUGAUAGAGUAACCAGUGUACUAUCAGAGUUAGGACUUCGACACGUUUGUAACAGUAAAGUAGGAGGAGAGGAAGUGAGGGGAUGUAGUGGGGGAGAGAGAAGGAGGGUCAGUAUCGGAGUGCAGAUGCUAAUGGACCCUCACAUAUUGUUUUUAGAUGAACCUACUUCUGGUCUGGACAGCUUUACAGCACAUCACUUGAUAGUGACAAUGUCAGAGCUUGCCAAGUCAGGUCGUACCGUUAUACUCACUAUACACCAGCCCAGAUCAGACAUCUUCGAACUGUUCGAUCUGAUGACUAUCCUCUCAGAUGGUCAUGUGGUAUAUGCCGGACAAGCUAAAGCAAUGCUGGACUAUUUCACGCUAAUUGGAUACCCCUGCCCUCCUUUGACGAACCCUUGUGAUUUCUACAUAGAUCUAACCACCAUUGACCACAGACACAAGGAGAAUGAGGCUGUGUCCAGAGAGAGAAUGAAUAAACUCCUCAGACUGUUUCAGGAAGCAACAACAGAUGUACCUAGUGGUAUGUACACUUCUGCUAAGAUCAGUCUUGGGAGCUCAGUGGAGAGUGAAAGUGAUUCUAACUCCAGGCACUCACAGAUUUCACAAAGUUUGACAGACGGAGAUUCAGGACUGGGUAUAACAUUUGACGAGCCCCCCAAGGGGAGCGACUCUAAAAGUCUGGUCAGACAAUUCCGUAUCCUCAUUGUCCGGGCUUUUAAAAACGAACUAAAAGGUUACUCUUCGCUCUUGAUACAAGCUAUAGAGGCCCUCUUCAUGAGCAUCAUGAUAGGGUGUAUCUUCAUCAACCUGGGAUUCGAUCAGAUCUCUGUUAGAGAUAGAGUGGGCCUGUUUUUCAUAAUGGGAGGUCUGUACCCCUUCAUUGUGAUCCUGGACACGAUAGCCAAGUUUAACGCCGAGCGGGAAAUAUUUUACCGUGAAAUGGAGGAUGGACUGUACACCACAGGUCCUUAUUUCUUCUCGAAGGUUCUCUCCACUCUUCCGUUUCACACGGCGUUCCUUGUGCUGUAUACUGUGCCUAUGUACUGGCUUGCUGGGCUCCAACCAACGAUAGGAAAGUUCCUAGGAAACUGUCUGUACACCUACAUGGCAGUCUACAGUAGCCGGUGCAUGGCUAUGGCUAUCUCCGCAGCUGUCACUAACUUUCAGGCUGCCGCAUUUGUAGCUAACCUCCUCUUCACAGUCUUCCUUCUCAGCUCAGGGUUUAUAAUAAAUCUUGAGUCACUGUGGUUGGGUGUGCGAUGGUUGAAGUGGACUUCUUAUCUUAAGUGGUCUUUCCAAGCUCUUAAUCAGAUUGAGUUUCACGGACUGAGGUUUUCCUGUAAUGCCUCGAUGGUCCAGAUGUAUGGAGAGUGCCCCAUCGCUAAUGGUACUGUGGCGCUUAAAAGUUACGACCUUGAUAAAGAAAGUUUACCGGAAUGUUUCUCUGCUCUCCUUGGUAUCAUUGUUCUCUUUCUUGUCCUGAGUUUCGUAUUUCUUAAGUUUGUGAACCAGAAACCUAAGAAAUGACCCUUUAUAGCUUAGUUGAUAAUGAUAGAGAUAACUUAUCUCCCUGUCGAGAAAGAGGACUCAAGCUUUAUUUGAUUGAUUCUGUGUGAAUAUAUCCAUGUAAAAUGUAAAUGGUAUGUAAAGAAUGUACAAGUUGAAAAAUGUGUAAGAACUUAAAAAUUAUGUACACAGCAAAGGUGCUCCGAUCUUAUGAAGGGCCGAAUAGAUGAAACUAGAGUCUUUUAUGAUACUAUACUGUAACUGAGAAUAGCUCACUCACAGUCAUCUGUGUUAAAGAAUGUGAACCCCAGUCUUUAUUACGAUUUCAGUAGAUGCACCUAGGUUAUGCAGCGCAAAUUUUAUUUGACAAAAAUUAUUGACAAAACCAUAUUCAGUUAAAUUGCGUGCUUAUCAAUGCUUAUUUAUUUUCUAUUUAAAUUUUUGUGAUUUUCUUUAUCUAAAUUUAAUUCUUAUAUAGCAUUUCUAUGAAUCGCUCGAUAUUUUAUUUGAUUUUAUUCAUGAAUAAGAAUUUGUAGACAAUUUGUAAUCUAGAUUUUAUCUGCUUCAGAAGAAAUCUUAAAAUGACUAUUGUAAUGAAAUUAUCUUCAACAGACAUUGCAUGUUCUUUUGGCCGAGUGAUUGUUAUCUUUAGAAUGAUUUGUUGAUUAACCGAUGUAUUUAAUUUAUUUUGGUAAAAAAUAUUUGAUUUAAAUAUUUGAUUAAAAUAUUUGAUUUAAAUAUUCUAUUGAGCCUAUUUGAAAAUAAUAUGUUUAUUAUCGAUUCGAGUCAUAAAAUAUAUUCGUGUGUUAAAUGUAUACAAAAUGUUUGCCAGUUCCUCUUUUAAUGUAAAAUUUGUAAUUUCUCUAAGUCGAAAGAUUCAACUCAAACAAUCUCUUCAUUUUCGUUAGCACUGGAUGAUCUCUAUCGUUACAUUAUUAACUUGAAUACUCUGCUACUACAUUUGAUAAAUCAUCAUUAUUUGAUAAACUAAUAACAUGAUUUAUU